GUGUCUGCUCCCCAAGGCCUCGUCGCCAGUGCCGCGCUCGCUUGGAGUCCACUCUGCCGUCUUCCCCUCCGCUGUCGCUCGCCGUUGCUGACCACCAUCACCACCACCACUACCACCACCGCCACUUCUUCGCUCCGCCGCGCAACCGCCAUCUUUGUCCUGCCCGGCUCAGCACGCGAACCUUCCGACUCCCACAGCCUACUUCUUUCCGCCUGCCUCUUCCCUUUCCCUCUCUCUCUCUCUCGUAUACUCCCUCCCCUCGAUCCCGAAUUCUGCUCUCUCUUCCGGCCCUCACGUUGUGAUCCUCUGCGUGUGGCGACCUCUCGUUGCCCUUCCUCCUUUGUUGGGCAUCUGCACUGCGAGCCUGAUCGUCUUGGUCCCUUGUCUCCACCAGCCCAGAACUACUACCUAACUUGACCUACCCGCCGACGACCACCAACCUUGCCACUCUCGAACGCACUUCGCAACCCUUACCAGUGCGACACCCAUCCGCUCACCCUCACCUCACGUCGCCAUGUCAAAGGUUGUGAGGAGCGUCAAGAACGUGACAAAGGGUUUGUUUCCGAUGCCUUGGCCUGCGGUGGAUGCGCUGGGCUGAUCCGAUCGUGCAGGCUACACGUCCGCCCAGAUCAAGGUUCGCAAUGCAACGAGCAACGAUCCAUGGGGCCCCGUGGGCUCCGACAUGGCCGAGAUCGCGCAGAUGACGUUCGGCGACACGAGCACCUUCUACGAAAUCAUGGACAUACUGGACAAGCGCCUCAACGACAAGGGCAAGAACUGGCGCCACGUCCUCAAGUCGCUCAAGGUCCUGGAUUACUGCCUGCACGAAGGUUCGGAGCUUGUCGUCACCUGGGCCAAGAAGAACAUAUACAUCAUCAAGACGCUGAGAGAGUUUCAACAUAUCGACGACGACGGCAGGGAUGUCGGACAGAACAUCCGUGUCUCCGCCAAGGAGCUUACGGCGCUGAUCAUGGAUGAGGAGCGUCUGAGAGGUGAGCGCCAGGAUAGGAGAUCGUGGAAGUCACGAGUCACCGGGCUGGACGAGUAUGGACCACCACCAGAUCAUCGCCACCAUCCCAGGCAGCGCAGGCGCAACGACGACGACGAUGAGGAUCUGCGCCGCGCCAUCGAAGCCAGCAAGAACGAGGCAGAGGCGGAGGAGCAAAGAAGGCGCAGGGCGACGCAGAAUGACGAGGAAGAUGCCGCACUGGCGAAGGCGCUGAAGCUAAGCAAAGAAGAGGAGGAACUACGACGACGAGAACUCGAGGAGGCAAAUGCAAACCUGCUUUUCGACGACAACGAUACGACGCAGCCAGCCGUGAGCCAGCCCACGGGCUGGAACGGUGGCUACCAACAGCAGCCGAGCGUGGACUGGUUUGGAAAUGUCAUUGAUCCCAAUCAGCCGCAGCAGACAGGGUUUGGGAUGCAAGGCCAGCCGACUGGUUACCAGAAUGGAUUCAACACUAGCAAUGGCUUUGGAUUUCAGCAGCCACAGCAGACCGGCUAUGGGGUCGGGUCGCCAUUCGGACAGCCGCAACAGAGCUUCUUGCAGCCACAGCAGACGGCGUUCCAAAUGAACAACAACCCGUACGGACAGCAACAGCAGACAAACGGAUUUGGGCAGCCAGAGCCACAACAACCGGAACAAGCGCUGCCUGCCGGAUCGAAUAACCCGUGGGCCUCUAACAAUCAGAACUUGGAAGCGCUGAAGCCUCUGCCCACAGGCUCAAACAAUCCGUUCGGUAGCGCCUUCAACCGGCCGCAGAGCACAAACACAAACAGAUUACAGCCCACGCUCAACUCGCUGAGCGAGCAGAAGGCGACCACAACCUUCAAUCCCAUCACUAAUUACCAAGCGCCACAACAACCCAUCCCGCGGCCGGCCUCGCAGCCAACCCAGCAGCCCCAGUCAACGGGAAUACCAGAAGACCCGCACAAGGCGCGUCUCAACGCUCUGCUAGCUAGUGGCGAAGGUCAAGACACAUUCGGCAACGUUGGCGACCUUCGCAUACCGGCUCAGCACACGGCCCCCGGUAUCUUCGUCAACUCGGCUGGCGCCAACGCCCAGCGUCUUACCAGCCAGGCGACCGGAAACCCGUUUCUGCAGAGUCACUUCACAGGAAUGCCCACCCAAACGGGCUUCAUUCAGAACCAGGCGCAAUCGCAGACGGGUUCCGCGACCGGAUUAGGCGCCUCCGGCUUUGGUGCGAGCAACAAUCCUUUUGGAGCGCAGAGAACGGCCGCCCAGCAGGGUCAGGGCAGCCUGAUCGACCUGUGAGCGGCCAGGCUACGUCCGGUCACGUCGCGUCAUGUCUUGUCCAUCUUCUCCAGAAUUUUUUUUUUCCCCUUUCCCUCUCCAGUCGUUCUUCCCCUCCGAUGGGGAGUUUUUUUUUUGUCCCUUUCUUUAUUCCCCUCCGGACCGAGAUCUGGUUGUGUAGUCCUGCGGGGUGAAAAAUUGGAAGGGAAAAUUUUGAGAGAUAAAUGAAGGCUAGAUUUGUUUUUGUGCGUGGGUGUUUUUGUGUCUUUUUACUCUACAUAUAUCUCUCUCCUUGCGUGUGUGUAUGAGGAUUCAUCAUUCGUUGCCAACCACGCGCACCAACUCGCUUCGGGACUGUCAUCUUCACGGUUUUGUUCGUGUCAAAUCGUGCAUAUACCAUUCUUUUUCUUUUACGGCACCAUCCUGCCUUCAUGCCUAGUCAUACCCGCGAGACCCCUACUUUGAACCAUUAAAAAACCCUUCAUGUCUUCGACGCCUACGGAGGGUUUAGGGGUGGGUUCUUGCUUUCCCUUUACACUAUGCAAGAGGGAGGGGACGGACUGCAGCGCGUUGGACCGCUCAGGGACGAUGGGUACAAGAGGGCGACGUUUGGGUGAGCAUCUUAAACGUCCGAACAAAAGCCUCCCCUUUCCCCUCCCCUCCCCCCUCACAAUCACAGCUUGAAAUUUCAAUUUCCUUUUUGUUUUUCUCUUAUGUACAAUUUGGGAUCCGCGACCGAUCGGGGGGGGAAGGGGACGGGAUGGGAGCUUAUGGAAGUUAAAGAGAGAACAGAAAAAGUCACGGGUUUACCCCUCCCCCUGUUCCUUUUUUUUUCUUUUUUAUUCGUCAGUUUCUGGUUUUUUU